AUGCCAUUCCUUCGCUCCAGCUGUCCCAAGAUUCUCAAAGCACCCGCUAAGAUUCAUGAACCACCUUAUCCCGCCGAUAUCUUCCCCAACGGUACCGACCUCAACUCGCCCUACGGCACUAUCCACUACUACGAGUUCGGUCCUGAAGAUGGCAAAAAGCUGCUGCUCAUACAUGGCAUUUCAACACCUUCACCUGCAUGGAGCUUGAUCGCUCCCGAUUUGAUCAAAGCCGGGUACCGAAUUCUUUGCUUUGACCUGUUCGGUCGAGGAUACUCCGAUUCACCACAGGUGACGCACGAUGCGGCGCUGUUCGUUUCACAGAUCACACUGUUGCUUGCGCAUCUUCCUCAAUGGGACAAGUUCGAUCUCUGCGGCAUGUCUUUGGGAGGAUCCAUAGCUUCAUACUUUGCGCACUACUACCCCCAUCGCGUAGAUCGCCUCGUUCUGAUGUGCCCAGCAGGUGGGACACCAAACGCCGAGCUUCGUCCUGCGAUCAAAAUUAUCCGCUCUUACCUCAUGCCGAAUUGGCUUCUCCGCCGACUCCUACGCUUCCUACCACUACUUCCUACCCCGCCAAAAGGAUCUUUGAUAUGGUGGCAGGCAGAGUACCAUCCAGGUUACAGAUUCAGCUUCACAUCAAGCUUACAAGAUGGACCUCUGUUCAACAGUCAGGAAAUUCAUCGUGCUGUGGUGCGUCAUUUUGGUUCGCGAGUGCGUAUCAUUUGGGGUGACAAGGAUGAUGUGGUACCUAUGAACACUGCAAAGCACUUCGGUCAGAUUGACCUUGCUGUCAUACCCGGUGCUGGACAUUUCAUGGUCUUGACUCACCCGGAAGCGACCGUUCAGCACAUGCUCGAUUUUCUUGGUUCAAGAAGGUAA